AUGGAAAACCAGGGGAAGUCAGGCGUAAACGGCAGCACCCGCAACGGUGCUACCGCCGUCGCCGGGGCCUCGUCCGCAGUUCUUUAUACACUCCUGCAGGAUCUCGGUCUGACAGCGACGGCACAGGCGCUCUGCGAAGAGCUGCAGCGGCAGCACGCCUCCGCACCCGCAGCCGCAGCCAGCGUACCGCAUGGGCCCAGCCUCCCUCCUCCAACUGGUCAGCACGAGGCCGCCGCCGAUCAGCCGCCACCGCCAUCACCGUCGUUGGAGUCGACCAACACGGCCGUGAGACGGCUAUCAGCGGUGUCCGUUUCGCCGCCCCCACCCGCCGCCCCGACCGAGACGGUCUCGAUCCCUUCCUCCACCUCGGAGGACCCGCACGCAGAAGAGGAGGUGAAGAAAGCCCAGGCACCGGUCAACGAUCUCGGUGCGGACGCAGGCCCAUGCACGGCAGCUGUCGCGGCUCUCGCUGCCUGCGCUGUGGAACCCGUCCACGCAGCUUUUUCGAAAUCGAAUCCAACGCCGGCCACCAUAGACGCCAUCGAGGCGGCUUUGCUCACGCUGUGGAAGGGCGAGGUCAGCGCCGUGCACCCGACAAGCGCAGCUGGUCCAAAGGCGUUCUACAUCGCCUCGCUCAUCGCGCGGGCAGCGUGGUGCGAGAUGCACCUUACGGAGGUUGCGUUCCUGCAAGAGUACCAUCUGGCGCAGUCUUCCUCGUGUGUCUCGCCGGCAGUGACGGCGGUUCUGCACGACGCACACGAAGUCCUGGUCAGCCACGCCCUUCAACUUGUUGCGACGCUACAAGAGCUACUGGCGGUUACCGGGUCGUCGGCAGCGGCAAGCCAGGUCCGUGUAAAGGAGGGGAAUGGCGCGGAUGGCGCACGGAACUGUCCUCCGCCUACCGUCGAGACGUCCCUGUCAACGGUGAUGACGGCGCGUCUGCACGCCAAAGCUGUGGAGUGGCUGCGCAAUGCGGAGUGUGUGAUGGCGUGGGUGCUGCAACGGCAGACACACUUUGACGCGCCCACCCAGAAGGCCAACGGUGAGCAGCACCCACCACAGCAGCGCAAACGACGGUGUCUCGAGCCCACGCCCGCGCCGGGCCAGCACCAUGCCUCGAUGAACCACAAAAACGGCAACGGUGUGGUGCCGCAGCAUCUGCGGCCUCUUCAAAAUGCUAUUCUUGGGAUCGCCAGCGCCGCCACGCACAACGAGGACGGGAGCGCGACGGACGGUGUUGGUGUGGUGGUCGUGCCGGCAUCCUAUCAACAAUGCUUGGCAGCAGAAAACGCACAGACGCACCCGGACGGCGUCGAUCUUCACGCCUCGGUCCGCCUUCCCAUCUCGGUGCGCCUUGCCAUGGCUGUUCAGCGCAUCAAGCUUUUCCUCACCUUAAUGGGGGCCCUGGCGUUCAACGGCGACAACACCAUUGUCUCUACAGUCGUCAAGGCUGCGAUGACGGACCAGAAUGCCGCUUCAGGCAGCAACGGUCACGCGUCAGCGCAGAAGAAGGCCACACCCGUGAAGCACGCUGGUGCGACAGACGGUACGGUGGAUGUUGUCCGUCGCUGGUGGUCGUGGCGGUGCGUCACGCAGGCGCAGCUGCUGCAGCAGAUCGCGCGUCAUCUGCGCUCCUUCGCCGCGAUGGCCACCGCAGCCUCCCCAACCGCCACAGCGACAGCAGCCCUUCGCCGCGGAAGUGUCCCCGCCAACGAAGUGCUGUCCUUCGUCUCCCUCCUCGACACACAAGCAAGGCAGCUACUCCUCUCCCCUGUCUCCGUCGAACAUCUUGCGGGAAUGAGUUCCUUUGGGGUACCAGCACAACAGCAGCAGCAGCAACGCACUCACCCGUUUCUCGCAGUCCAACUUUUGAAGGCGUUGGAGCUGGAGCAGAACGAGCGCGCAGCCUGGUUAGACCGCUUCGCUCUCGAGUACGCCACCGCCACCUCUGCGGUUCACCUGCCCAAAUCCCUCUCCGUUACCACCACCAGCCUGCAGAGCAGCGGCGAGGUCCUUUGCAGCCCCAGCAUCAGCGUCAGCAGCCCAGCGGCACGCAGCGAGACUUCCUCGGUGAACUCUGCGGUGUGGACGGUGCCUUUGCCCAACCUCCCCGUCUCCACACCAACGAGAGCAGCGGCGUCAGCGGGGACAGCAAAGCCGCUAGCGGACGCUCCACAAGCAGUGAACGCGGCUGUCGGUGUGCAUACUUUGGAAUUCGCUGCCGAAGCCGCAGCGGCGUGUACGGCGGUCCGCGCUGCCGCGCACGUGCUGCGGUGGCAGCCGCACUUUACCGACCUCCUCACCACCAUCGCUACAGGGCGUUGGCAGGCCCCCACAAACACGUCACCCAUCACACAUCCCUGCUCCCAGUACAAUCGAACACGACUCAACCUCAUGCAUGCCCUGAGCCAUGCACAGGAGUUGGUGCGACUGCAGCCUCGUCGCCCGGUCGCCGUGAACGGCUGUGAAUACGUGCCGCGACCCGGCGUGGACGCAAGCACCGAGGCGACGCUUUCGUUGGUGGAACUGAUGCCACGCGUCAUGCAGCUCUUCACGUUGCAGGACACGCACGUGCUGCAGCGCGUGCAGACGCGGUUGGCGGCGUCGAAGACAACGAAGGAGGCGGAAGAGGAUGGCGAAGCGGCGGCGGAUGCAGCGACUACGCAGCGCAAAGCAACGAAUAGCGGGGCAACCGUGCUGCUCGCGCGGCAGCUGCGACGACCACAAGAAAGAGCAUCAGUGUCGCCAACAGCGCAGCCGGCGGCGCCCUCUUCUUCAUCGUUGCCCCGAACGCCCUCCUCGCAGCGAGAAGGAAGCGGCAACAGCAUUAGCAACCAAAACGCUCAUCCCAACAAACGUGCGACGCUCACCUCACUGGCCAGCACUUCCGGCUCCACCGUCGGAGCUGAGCCGGUGCCGCUGCGUCGGCUCGCCGUCGCGGUGCAUCAAGCCUUUGCCCGCGGCGCGGCGUCUACCACGACAGCCACAACACCAACAACAAUAGCAGCAGCGGCAGAGGACAACACUGCAGACCACAACAACGGUCCCAGCGCACCAGGCUCCACGCCUUCUACCAGUGCCGGGUUGAGUCUCGCCGGUCGGCCAGAGAGGGCAACGUGGUCGCCGGAGUCGGCUGGCUUGGAAACCGCAGAGUCCCUCGAGCCCCUUCGCGCCCCUUCCUCCUCCUCUGCUCCCUCUCCCCCGGUACUGUCCUCAGAGAAUGAAGAGCAGCCCAGCACCCAGCAAAGCCACCACAGCGACAGCAGCAGCACCGUCAGCGGCAGCGCGGAGGCCUUCCACGGCGACGAAGAGGAGGCUGUCGUGUCCAUCUACAACCCCGAUAUCGAGGCCGAAGAUGAGGAGGAGGAGCACAUCACGGACGACGAGGAGACGGAUGGAGAGUGGUCGCAGAGCGCUGUCGAGGUGGAAGAAGAGGAGGAAGCGGAAGACGACGAUGAGGUCGAUGAAGAUGAGGAAGGUAGGUCCGAAGCAUCUUCGGCUGAUUUGGACUACGACCGCGCCGAGGACGCCAUGAAGGAGGAAGUAGAAUCCGUGGAGGUGACGGACGAUGGUCGUCUGCUGGCGCUGUUAACGGCGCGUGGCCGGCUGACCGUUCUCCGCCUGCAAGCCCGUGACUCCUGCGAAAAGUACGAGGAGGAGGUGUUGCUGGACACCAUGUUGCCGCGUGUGCCGGAGAAGCGGCUGCAGUGGUACGAAUCGCUGAGCUCCUUUGUUCGCUUCUCGCCCUGCCACCGCUUCGUCCUCGCCUCUGUGCAAUUCCUCGCCGUCCACGAGAAGCAAAACGCGCGUGGGGCGUUGGCGCGCUCGCAGGGAGACAACGCCGGCGAGGUCUGCGUCUUCUCGCUGCACUGUGAAGACCACAACGGCGCCGAUUACGAAAGCGACGGCGCAGGCAGGAGAGGUGGCAAGGGCAGACGCGCUCGCACGCAUUCGCAGAUCACAAGCGAAGCAGCGUCCACCGCGGCAACGGCGACAGCCGCCACUACAACCGCGUUUGCUGAUCGCGCACAGCGCCUUCUAUACCCGCUGCCCGAUCGCCUGUACGAGUGCUUUCGUCCGCACACCGCACCGUGUCUGUCGGCGCGCUGGGUUGACCCACGCUGGUGGGGCGGCGGUCGGCGCAGUCGCUGGGCAAACAGUGCGACGGAGCCGUUGAACACGACGACAGCGGCGGCCGCAGUCGUGGUGCGGAGUGCCGAAGGCAGCAGCUCGGCCCAACGGUCGCCGGUGCAGGAGCCGCUGCAGCAGCAAGAACAGCAGCAAUUGUUGCCAGCCAGCUGGCGUGUUGCCGCAGCCGUGCUUCUUAGCGAGUACCAGUGUCUCUCCGUUGGUGCGGAUGACCGCAUUAUGCGAUGGAUGGCGUCCUCUGGCGUGGUGCUGCAGAGCAUUACAACCGAGCCAGCGCAGGACCUCGUUGUAUCCCCGUUGAUGGCGGCCUUUUACGUGAUGAGCGACGCGGGUGAUCUUUGCAUGUACGACGCGUGGGAUGAGCGGGACUUCGGGGAGGCGGGCGGGAGCGCCUCGAUUUGGUCGAACAGCCUCGACAUCUGCGAGCACGAGGCACGUCUGUUGAUGCUGCCGGUGACAGAUGACGGCCACCCGUACUACUACCGCACCGGUGCCUCGACGCAGCCGUAUGCCGAGGUGGCGGACCCGGCGUCUCGUCAUCGCGGUGCUGUGGCCGAUGAGAGCGGUCCUGGCGCCGUGGGAGGCGGUUUUGAGGACGAGGUGCACAAGGCACGUCAUCUCGUGCAUUACACCGGUCCCGUGACGCCAGUGUUCCAGCGCAUGAUCGACCCGGCGGAGACGCGGCGGCGGCGGAUGCAGACCGUCCAAGGUCGCAGCAGCAGCAGCAACGGCAACGGCAAAAGCAACAAUGUGCAGCGUCGAGCGCGUUCGCAUCGUCGUGAGCCGCGCGAUGACGACGGUGCAUCACACCGUGGAGGGGACGAAGAAGAAGGUUUGCAGGAAAACCGUGGCCGUUUGGUGUGCGGUGGCCUGCCACAGAGUCUGCGCUGGUUGCUGCCGCGACGAUGGACGGCGCACACGCCGUGGGACUCGCAGCUCGGCCGCCGGCUUAUUCAGCAUUUACUGAACCGGAGCAGCGCUCCGACAUACGCGGCGGAAGGUCAGCUGUGCUACGAGCGAGAGGACGAAGACGACGACAGCGAAAGCUACGAUCCGGCCGACACGAAGACGCGUUCUACGGGAAGAGGCGCUAUUGCGGGCACGCGGACCUCUCCCCCGCAGCCACAGCGGCGCGGCGAGGAAGAAGAGGAAGAAAAUGGCGGCGACGGCACCGAAGACGAAGCGCAUGGAACCGAAAGGGAACGUGUAGGCAGCGUCUCCGGAUACUCCAGUGGCGUCGCGGCAGACGAAGAAGCGGAGCAGGCGGAAGAGGAAAUGUGGGAGUACGACUACACCAGCAGUGCACACCGCGGUGUCGACGAUGACGGCGUGCGGCCGCCUCCGCAGCUGUCGCAUUCCGUCGUCCAAGGACAGCGCGACGACGUGGCCGCCGCCGCACGAGACACGCCGGUGGCGGUGCGAGAGUGUCCAUCUCACCCAACCCCGGCCCGCGGCUCGCUGCGUCGCGCCUACUAUCCCAGCGGGGCGUGUCUAGUCUACAAGAGUGUGGGAAGGGCGUUGUGCGCAGCCGCGGAUCUCGCGGACCGGCAGCGGAAUGAGGAGAUGGGUCCCGGCGGCUUCACCCACCACCUGCUCUCCUUCGCUGUCUCGGGCAGUCCGCAGUGGACGAUGGAGAGUCGGCUGUGGAAAGGGGACGAGAGCGGCGAGGGAGAGGAGGAGCAGUCCGUAGCGGCGCUGGACACGUUCGAUCGCGCGGAGAGAACGAAUGGCUGGGCCAAUGGGACCAGCGGCAACAAAAAUGGCUUUCCCGUUGUGGGGAGGACAACACCCACCCACUGGUCCACCGCGGCGCUUGCACGUGUGAUCUUGUGGCGCAACCGCCUGAGCACCCUCCGUCACUUAGAGAAGGUUCCCUUAGACACCUGGGCCCAGUGGGAGACAAGGGUGCUCGCCACUACCUUCCACGCAGACGUGGGAUCGCAGACAAAGGCAGACCGCGCAAAAAGCGCAGCGACACCGAAUUGGAGCGCGGCGGAGAUGCUGGCCACUCGCGGCUUUCAGCGCACGCGUGACGUGUGGCGACGUGAUGCCCCUCCGGCGCAACGCGGCCUAGCCGCCACCGCACGCAAUGGCCGCUACCUGUGCAUCAUGGCCGCCGUGGGCCCUUAUCGCAAGCUGGUGAACCCGCGCGAGCCACUGCGCGACGUGAAGGGUUUCUACGCCUGCGUCGUAUUUGACUUGUACGCCGGCACCGUGCUGCGUGUCAUUCCUGUGCGCCCGGUCGACCCGUCGGACGUGCAUGGGCUGAACGCGUACACCUCGCAGCAGCACGAGAUGGACGUGAAGAUGCCUCUCUAUCGCCUGCAGUGCGCCGUGACGAUUGUGCCGGUCGCCGCUGCCACUCCGUCAAUGAAGGACAACGACAUGCAGGCGGCAGAGGAGGAGGAAAGGCGUGACGACGAUGCGGCGGAGCCGAGCGAAAUUGUGGUGCUGACGGUCGGUGGGCUAGCGAACACCGUGUACGUCUUUGACGCGUUGAACGGCCGUCGCUUCGCCUGCGUGUGCGAUGUGGAGCGCCGGUGUGGGCUGUCGGCAGCGGCAGCGUACGCGGCGUCUCAGGCAGCGCGUGUUGCCUCCGUGGCGGUCGUCGCCACCACUCCCACAAAUACCCCCGCUGUGGAGAAGCAGGGUGGUGGUGUUGGGAUGGCAGCACCGUUGGCGCAGGAGGCGCCGCCGGCACCCCGCCCUUCCUCCUUACUCCCCUCCUCCAUUCGUAAACCAGCCGAUGUGCUCGCCUCCGUGGCGGCGUGGGGACGCGGCACCGGCUUUGACGGCAUCACCGACCGUUCUCACUCUUCCACCUCCACCUCCUCCUCCGUCACAUCGCUCUCCGCCUCCGAGGGGCGGCUCGCACAUGUUGUGGACGGUGGGGCAGCCGGGGUGGCGUCUCCGAUGGGGCCGGCCCGAGCGCCGCUCUCCUCCUUCAUCGCAGCCGCAGCACCGCCGUCGCAGCAGCAGCGAGUGAGGGACCCCAACGCACAAGUCGACGCGGCGUACCGUGCCGUGCUGCAAGCCGUGAGCGACGAUGGGGAUUUCGUCCCGCGUCUUCUGCAGGCCAACACGGCGUGUGCGUCCGCUGCGGUGGAGUGGGACUUACGUGCGAUCCUCGGGGUGUACCACCGUCAACACGGUACCGCAGCCGCGCAGCUAGCUCAUGUGAACACGGGAGGAGUGCAAACAAGCGUAAGAAAUGCGGAUGACACGAGCAGCGACUCGGACUGGGAGACGGCGGAGGCGGAGGCGUGGGAGCUGCACCUUCCGCCCCAACAAAGCAGAACUGCCGGCGGUCCGCCCCCACACACACCCGCGGCCUCGUCUACAUUGCCCAAGAACGGAGGAGGGGCUGGCAAGACAAAUGGGAAGGCGGCAGGCAGCAGCAACAACGGUGGAGGUGCUGCUGCUGCUGCAGCGGCGGCGGCUUCUUCAUCGCCCUCCUCCACUCUCUUCUCGUUCUACCAGGCUCUGUUGGGUGGGACGUCGUCAGGGCUGAACGUGGACAAGGACAACGGACAUACGAGCGCGUUGGUGUCCGCCCGCGGGUCGGGGUGGCGGCAGCAGCGACGUCGCCUCCUGGAACGCGUGCUGCGUCACUACGAUGUGGAUCUGCUUUGGCAGGCUUACGUCGCCCUCUUCGCCGCGUCCACGACGGCUGCGAACGCUCUCGCGCCGCAGUCGGCCGUGGCGGCCUUGGUGACGUGGGCCCGACACACCACAGCGGACGCUGCCAGCAGUAUGACCGGCCCCCUCGUUGUCUCCUCCGGUCCAUGGGUGUGGUGUGGCUCCCGCCGUCGCUCCAGCAAUUUCAACCCCAUCAUCACCGCACACCAACCGCACCAUCGUGUGGGGGAGGUCACCGGAAGUGAUGGAACUGUGAAACGGGGAGACGAGACGGCCCACACAGGCCACUUCACUGGGCAGGACAACCCCACUGGCGCAUCGGCUAUCGCUAAUGAAGGCGCGUACAACCGCAUUCCCUUUGCGCGUGUGCUGCAGCAGCGAGAGGAUUUCAUGUGGGAACUGCAGGAGCUCGAGAACACUAAGCAACCUACCCUCUCCGCGUCAGCCGCGCGUUCCGAAGGGGGGACGCCGCCGACGCCGCCGCGGUCCCCAUCACGACCUGCUUCCUCAUUGCUCGCGCAGCUGCGCACUCAGGCCAUGUUGGAUGGAUCGCUGCCGCCCAGCGCGAAGCUCCUCCACGCACAGCAGCGCGACGCCGCAACAACGGCGCCUAUGCCACGCUCUACCUUGAAAUUUCCUCCCACGCACCACCAGAAUCAGUUGCGAUUGGAUGUGGUUAACGCGGUGGCGACGUGGAGCGAUGCAAAUGGGGGGUUUUAUUUGUGCCUUGGCUCUGAGGACGGUGGCGUGUACCUUCUCGGCGGCAAUGUGGAUGCCUGA